UGCGAGACCGCGUCGAGGGAGAAAAAAAAAUAAAACUCGGUGGAAUAACUUUCCUCCAGAUGUGUUUGCGGAAGAAGGCAACGCCGGCCGAGGUAAGGUACGAUUUGGGUAGGUGCCCAUGUUAAAAAGCUAACUCGUACCGUACUAUUUUUGAUGCUCGCGUUUGUGUUAUAUUCGUACAUACAUAAAAUCAUUAAUUAUUAUCGGGUGAGCGUAAUAAAUCAUUUUUGCCCGUGUGAACGACACCGCGGAGCGAUUGUCGACAUGUACGGCGGCCGGGCGCAAGCCACGCGCAUCCCAUCAAAGUUCGUCCAAUCCCGAGGCUCGAAUGCCGAUCGGCAGACAUGCGACGUCAUCGACUCAACCGCCGCCGCUGAAUGCAACGUCGAGCCGGCGAACCGGUUACAGUGUCGCACCACUGCCGCGGUCGUCACGAGUCGCUACGGACGCACGCCGUCAUCUCCGUUGCAGCCAGUUGUAAGGACUAAUCCGAAAAACGCGGGCACUCGCGCGUUGCUUGCACGGCACUGGGUUCGUAUUCAAAAUCCGUUGUUCCUCCGACCGAUUUCGCCGGGCAUUCGUUUGCGCGGAACACCCGAACAACACGACUCCGGAAUUGGGAGAGCAAAGCUGUGCCGCCGUAUCGUCUCCGGUGUCGAUCAUUACGCGUUACACGACCACAUUAAACUAGUCGAGUAUCCGCGAAUAACAAAUAUUCAAUCAAACACAGUAAAAGUAUAUUGUUGUGAGUAAGUCAUGGCAUCGAGGUAAACGGUUUUUUUUUUCGAAAAACAACUCGCAAUCAUGCCUGACGCAACAGAUUACGGCGUCAAUGGAAACAUGCAAAACGCGUUGCCGAUAGUCAUUGAUUGUAAACUUUACAAAAGACGAUGGCCAAUGUUGCUUCUAUUCGUCUUGUGUUCAAUGGCCAGCGCAGCUCAGUGGAUCCAGUACAGCAUCAUAUCCAACGUGAUCCAAAAAUUCUACAACGUUUCAAGUUUUACCGUCGAUUUGACGUCAAUCGUAUACAUGAUCACUUACAUACCACUCAUAUUCCCGGCAUCUUGGAUACUCGACAAAAUGGGUCUCCGCGUAGCUAUGAUAGCCGGCGCAUUUGGUACAAUGAUUGGCGCCUGGUUUAAAGUAGCGUCCUCCAGACCGGACCGAUUUUACAUGACCAUGUUUGGUCAAACGAUCGUGGCAAGUUCGCAAGUUUUCAUAUUAAACUUGCCUGCUCGUUUGGCGGCUGUAUGGUUCGGCCCGUCGGAAGUGUCCACGGCGUGUUCGAUCGGAGUGUUUGGAAAUCAGCUAGGCGUAGCACUGGGUUUCCUACUGCCGCCGUUAGUGGUUCACGAUAGCGAUGACUUGUACGACAUUUCUUCCGGUUUGUCUCGAAUGUUUUACACCACAGCGAUAGUUUCGACCGUUGUAUUUUUAUUAGUAUACUUCUUUGUCACAGCAUCACCUCCACUGCCGCCGAGCUUAGCGCAAGCCAACCAAAGGUCGACAACCAACAACAAUGACCCCAGGAAUUUCAUUAAGUCCCUGUGGCGACUAAUUGGCAACUACGGAUUCGUUUUGUUGUUGCUGUCGUACGGCAUGAACGUCGGGUCUUUUUACGCCAUUUCUACGUUACUCAAUCAGAUCAUAUUGCAAUAUUUUCCGGACAAUGCAGUAGACGCUGGCAGAAUAGGUUUGUCGAUCGUUGUUGCUGGAAUGUUUGGUUCAGUUGUGUGCGGUUUUGUUUUGGAUAAAACGCAUUUGUUUAAAGAAACAACGCUCGUGGUGUACGCUUGUUCGCUGUUCGGCAUGAUAGUCUACACGUUCACGUUGUCUUGUGGACACAUAUCGAUCGUGUACCUGUCGGCGAUCCUACUCGGGUUUUUCAUGACCGGUUACUUGGCUGUUGGAUAUGAGUUGGCCGCCGAACUGACCUAUCCUGAGUCCGAGGGAACGUCCAGCGGAAUGUUGAACGCAGUGGUGCAGGUGUUCGGUAUCAUAUUUACACUGGUUUACGGAUGGAUUCUACAAGCGUCCGGGGACAAGAAAGCCAAUCUAUUUUUGGCCGGAACACUUGUUCUUGGAACUUUGUUCACAGCCAUGAUACCGUCGGACUUGCGGCGGCAAGCGGCUCAGCAAAAGAAAUCAUUGAUUAACUAACGAAAGUUUUCACUGUUAAGUGAUGUCAAUUCAAAUUUUUAUAAAUUUAUUAACAACACAAACGUAUUAAAUAUGUUGUAUACUUGUAUU